CACGUGCCCGCCCCACGUGACGCGGCGCGGACAUGGCGGCGGCGGCGGCGGCGCUGCGGGGCCGGCGCUUCAAGUGGUCGCUGGAUCUGGGGGCGGCUCCGGGGGCUCGGCCCCGCGGAGCCGCCGAGGGCCGCGGCCCGCUCGGGUUCGCGGAGCGGCAGCUGGGGGAGGGCGGCGUGCACGAGAGCGACAAGAUCCUCAUGGAGAAGCGCUGCUGGGACGUGGCUCUGGCGCCGCUGAAGCAGAUCCCCAUGAACCUGUUCAUCAUGUACAUGGCCGGCAACACCAUCUCCAUCUUCCCGGCCAUGAUGGUCUGCAUGAUGGGCUGGCGCCCGCUGCAGGCCCUCAUGUCCCUGUCUGCCACUCUGAAGGCCCUGGAGAGCUCCAGCCGGCGGGCCCUGCAGGGCCUCGUGUUCCUGGUGGGCAAUGGGCUGGGGCUGGCACUAGCCCUCUACAAGUGCCAGGCCAUGGGGCUGCUGCCCACCCGCCCCUCCGACUGGCUGGCCUUCGUCACCCCCCCGCAGCGCAUGGAGUUCACUGGGGGGGGCCUGAUCUUGUGACCCCCUGCGCCCCCCACCAAUAAAGGCCAUGGCAGGAUGGUGACACCGUUUCUGGGGGAAUUCUGAGGGUUUGGGGACUGGCAGCACUGGGUUGGGCUGAGCUAAAAGAUGUUUAUUGGGCUGGACUGGGAGCACUGGGAGCACACUGAAAUCUGUACUGGGAGUGCUGGGAGUGCCCUGGCAACCUCAGGACCUGCACUGGGAGCACUGGGAGCUUUGGGGCCUGUGCUGGGGUCUGCACUGGAGCUACUCUCAGAGCCACAGGACCCAUACUGGGAACACUGGGAAUUCACUUCUGGCCGGCAUGAGGAGAGCUGCAGCCUGAGGCUGGCUCCAUACUGGAAGCACUGGCUUUGUACUGGGAACACUGGGGAUCAUAUCAGGAUCUUGAUUUGACUGUAGAUGAUGCUGGUGUUGUACUGGGAGCACUGGGCCAUACUGGGAUCCUGCCUGAAGAGCUGUGGCUCGCUAGCAUUGUACUGGGAGUGCUGGUGGUAUGUUGGGAGCACUGGGCACAUACUGGGACUGUGCCAGCAGACCUGUGGUGGAGGCCAGUGUUGUACUGGGAGCAGUGGGCCCACACUGGGAUGGUGCUCGGCGUGCCUACCCUGCUGGUUUUUGCAGCAUUUCACCAUUUUACUUUGGUAAUUUCCCAA